AUGUUAAAAUUUCAAGGAUCAACACAUUUUAGACAAAGAAUUAUAUGUUCAACACUUAGUGGUAAAGCGAUCAGAAUUACAAAUAUAAGAGAUGAAGAUGAGAAACCAGGUUUAAGAGAUUAUGAAGCAUCAUUCUUACGUUUAGUAGAUAAGAUUACAAAUGGAUCAAAGAUAGAGAUUAAUUCAACAGGUACACAAAUUACAUAUAUUCCAGGUAUUAUCAUCGGUGGUAAAGGUAUCACUCAUGAAUGUGGUACAGUCAGAGGUAUUGGUUAUUUUGUUGAAGCUUUAAUUUGUUUAGGUCCUUUCGCAAAAGCACCAUUAGAUAUAACUUUAAAUGGUAUUACAAAUAAUGAUAUAGAUUUAACAAUUGAUACAAUUAGAACUACAACAUUACCAAUUAUUAGAAAAUUUGGAAUUGAAGAAGGGUUAAUAAUAAAGAUAAUAAAACGUGGAGCACCACCAAAUGGUGGUGGAUCAGUUAAUUUUAAAUGUCCAAUUGUACCACAUUUAAAGGCAAUUCAAUUAAUAGAUGAAGGUAAAAUUCGUAGAAUACGUGGUAUUGCUUAUGCAACACGUAUCUCACCACAAUUUUCAAAUAGAGUUUUAGAUAAAGCAAAGGGAUUAUUAUUAGAGUAUACACCAGAUGUUUACAUUUCAAGUGAUCAUUAUAAAGGUAACGAGUCUGGUUUAUCACCAGGUUACGGUUUAACUUUAGUUGCUGAAACUACAACUGGCUGUUGUUUAUCAGCUGAAUGUAUGAGUAAUACUGGUAUUGCCACAACUGAACAACAAUUACAAAAACAAAAAUCAACCUCUGAAACACCUGAAGAUUUAGGUGAAAGAACUGCAUUUGCACUUUUAGAAGAGAUUUUCAAUGGUGGUUGUAUCGAUAGUCAUAAUCAAAGUUUAGCAUUACUAUUCAUGGUUUUAUGUCCAGAAGAUAUUUCAAAAGUUAGAUUAGGUAAAAUCACUCCAUACACAAUUGAAUUCAUUCGUCAAUUACGUGAUUUCUUUGGUGUUACCUUUAAAAUUGAACCUGAUCAAAAUUCAAAAACUGUUUUAUUCACUUGUUUAGGUAUUGGUUAUAAAAAUAUGGCAAGAUCAACAUUUUAA